UCGAAAAUUCUGAGAACUAUUUGUCAACAAAAUCUCUUCGAUUUUAAUUAAAAAUAUACAUACGUGCGAAUCAUUUUAUAUAUUUUUAUGCAAUUUUAACCAAAAAAUAUACAAAAAUAAGAUAAUCUAAAAUUAUGUCGAAAGAACUACUACAAAAUGACACAAAUGACACUAAAUUAUGUGGGAAUGAUGAAAUAGAUUUGGUAAAUUUUGAACUGCAACAAACAAUAGCCUCUCCAAUAGGACCAAUUUCAAAUGGAUUGCAUGAUAAACAACAGUCCUUGGUAGAAAAAGCCAACAAUACAUUCCAAGAACUAUGUAAAACUUUAGAAAAUGAACAAACUAAACUGUUGGAAUUAGAAGAAAGACGCAAAAAAUUACAAGAAGAAAUGUUACUUUUAAAGGCGGAAAUUGAAGAAGAAAAAAAAUCAUUUAAUUUGAAUAUAGUACAAUCGGUAGCUGAAAAUUUGAGUGCCUUAAAUAAAUCAAGUGCUAAUGAUGAUAAAGAUUUAGACUGUAAACAAAAGCUAGAAAUGGACGAAAAUGGAAAAUUUAAAAACUUAUAUACUUGCUAUGAAGAUGAAGAACCGUUACAAGUUACAGCCCGUAAUAUAGCUGCAAAAAAUACUACGGAAUAUUUACAAGAAGAAACCACUAUACAAGAACAUGUGCAAUAUAUUAGAAGUGAAUUACAAAAUGUACUCACUGAAUGUAUAUCUGAACAAUAUGAUAAAUAAUUUUUAAAUGUAAAUAUGUAUAUGUAUA